AUGGGCACAUAUCUGAACGAGAAGUUCCUCCCGCCGACAGAGAGAUGCCAAAAUCUGCAAGCUGGGUUGGAGACUUUAUCUAACAAAACGAGAAAGUAUUCAGAGGAUGACUAUCUUCAGAUUAUCACAAAUAUCCAGAGCUGUCCAUGGAAGCGACAAGCAGAAGAACAUGAGAAGUUUAGAGUGAAACUUGGCUCGUGUUGUGAUGCCGUUCAAAACUUCAUUGUUUCUCAAAAUAACACUCCCGUCGGGACUAACAUGAGUUACGAGGUGGAAAGUAAAAGCGAAAUCCAAAUCAGAGAGAACAUUUUCGAUAUGCUGCCAGUGUCUCAGCCUUUUGUGGGGUACCCCUACAAUCAGUGUGCGGUGGUUGGAAAUGGGGGGAUUCUGAAUCAGUCUCUCUGCGGAGCCGAAAUCGAUAAAUCCGACUUUGUUUUUAGGUGUAACCUCCCCCCAACCACAGGAAAUGUUACCAGUGAUGUUGGCACUAAAACCAACCUGGUGACUCUAAAUCCCAGUAUCAUAAGACUAAGAUAUGGGAACUUAAAGGAAAAGAAAGCAAUAUUUCUGGAGGACGUUGCAACCUAUGGAGAUGCAUUCGUCCUUCUGCCAGCAUUUUCCUUCAGGGCCAACACUGCGGCCUCUUUUAAGGUGUACUACACACUGAAGGAGUCUAAAGCAAGACAAAGAGUUUUAUUUUUCCAUCCCAAGUACCUGAAAAACCUUGCCCUCUUCUGGAGGACUAAAGGUGUGACCGAGUAUCGCCUGUCCUCCGGCUUGAUGAUCACAAGUGUGGCAGUUGAACUGUGCGAGAACGUGAAACUCUAUGGAUUCUGGCCCUUCUCUAAAACUGGAGAGAACACACCUGUCAGCCAUCACUACUACGACAACAAGUUACCUAAGCGUGGCUUCCAUGAGAUGCCCAAGGAGUAUAGACAAAUUCUCCAGCUUCACGUGAAAGGAAUCCUCAGAUUACAAUUUAGCAGAUGUGAAAUAGCCUAAACCAGAUGUCUUUAAAUGGGAAUCAUGUUCACACAAUGCAGUAGGUGAGUGUCAAUGUUCCAAACACCGAAAGAGGGGGUUGUAGGGUGUCGUAGGAAGAG